AUGGAUCCUAACAACCCUAAUUUUUCGAAUCAUUUCUCUGAUUUAGGUGAUGAUUUUGUCACUAAUCCUCGAUUUCAGCUUUUCUUACAAAGGCUUGGAAACACUUCUUUUCAAAAUUCACCACAUCAAACACCUCAUCAAACUCCUUUCGAAAACACUACCUAUGAACCACAUUCACCUCCUGUUUAUCAAGGGACCCAUUCUCAAUUUGAUGAUGAAAUGGAAGAACCUGUUCCAGACACUCCUCAAUACUCUCCACAUCCUCGAGAAGUGUCUUUGAAUCAAAACCAACCACUUACAAAAGCAAGUCGAAUGUGUGAAGAUGCAAUUGUUGGUACAAACCAAAAAGCAGCUGCGCUAUGGCGAAAAAUAUCUGCGGCUUAUGAUCAAGCGCAUUAUGAGAAACCCCACAUCCUACCGCCAAGACCUUUGAGGAGUUUGGAAAGCCGUUGGAGAAGGAUGGCAACUGAUUUAAUACAAUGGAGUAGUUGCUAUGACGAAACUGGAAGGGCAACUGGCAGUGGUUACAACGAAGCAGACCGCAUUCAUAAUGCGAGUAAGUUAUUCUAUAUUUCCUCCAAGCCUACUCCACUUAAUUUUAAUUGUCACCAUGGUUGGGAAAUGGUUAAAAAUGACCCUAAGUGGAGGACAAAGCUGAGAUGGGCGUUGUCAAGAGAGGAAAGAUUAGCUUGUGGUGAUGCUGUCGAAGAUGACAGUAGUGGAAGUGAAAAGCGGUGUAGAACUGAAGAUGAAGAUGAUGUUCCCAAUACCGGUUUCAUUUCUGGGGGUCUUCCUCGACCUGAUGACGCUAAAAAGGCAAAGUCUAGGCGUAAUAAGGGAAAAGGAGUGGCUUUUGAAGUCUCUAACAUUAAUGAGCAAAUGCAGCAGAAUAAUGCAAGUAGGGAAAUUGAGGCACAAAUGCGAUUGAAGAAGUUGGAUUUCGACAUGGAAAGGGAAAGAAGGAAGCAAAAACAAGUAGAGCUUCACCAAAAACAAGUCGAAAUUCAAGAGAGAAGGCUCAACUAUGAAAUGCUGCAAGAUCUAAUGGCAAAGGGACCGGACCUAACUCCCGAUGAAGAGGCUUACAAGGAAGAAUUACGUGCACUACUCUACGGUAGAAGGAACAUGUAA